GAUGGCGUCACGCAAAGCGCCGUGUCCGAGAUCUGGUCGCAUCCAUUGAUGACGCCUGGAGCAAGUCUGUUUGUGUACUGUGCGCAAGUUGUUUCUUGGGCACAAGGGAUUUUUCCAGCGGAAAGGUAAACAAGAAAGAGUCCUGGUGGCUGAAAGCUGCUGAACGAAGUGAAGAAAGGGGAAGAGUGAGUGAGACCUGAAGGAAACGUCAUCAAAGCGCUCCGGAAGCGUCCGACAAUGAAGGCUGUGAUUUACCAUGCCUUUUCUCAUAAAGAAGCCAAGGAGCACGAUGUACAGGAGCUGGGAAGCCAGCGGGCUGAGGCCUUUGUGAGGGCCUUCCUGAAGCAGAGCAUACCUCACUGGAGCCAGCAAGACUGUGAGAGCCAUCUUCAACGUAAGGCUGUGGUCUUGGAAUACUUCACUCGUCAGAAGCCAAAGCAGCAGAAGAAGAAAUCCAAAGGCCUCACUGCCAAACAGAGGAGAGACAUGAGGCUCUUUGACAUUAACCCAGAGCAACAGAGAUACAGUCUCUUCCUCCCUCUGCAUGAACUCUGGAAGCAGUACAUCCGAGACCUGUGCAACGGCCUCAAGCCAGACACGCAGCCACAGAUGAUUCAGGCCAAGCUCCUAAAGGCAGAUCUUCACGGUGCUAUUAUCUCAGUCACGAAAUCCAAGUGCCCCUCCUAUGUGGGGGUCACAGGAAUCCUUCUGCAGGAGACCAAGCAUGUCUUCAAGAUCAUCACCAAAGAAGACAACCUGAAAGUUAUCCCCAAGCUAAAUUGUGUGUUCACCAUAGAAAUGGAUGGCUUCGUUUCCUACAUUUAUGGAAGCAAAUUCCAGCUUCGGUCAAGUGAGAGGUCUGCCAAGAAGUUCAAAGUGAAGGGAACGAUUGACCUGUGAACUCUCUGCCACUGGAGACAGAAGUCGGUGGCAGCUGAGAACUGGAAAUACUUUAAAUACCCACUUUUCCAUGAAAGCUUUCUGGCUGUGGCCCGCCUGUAGUCCAGGGAAAGCAGAGUGGCUGAAGAACUUUGAGCAACACAAGAAGUCAGGGGUAGAGAUUUGCCUCUCCAGGGAGGAAAGACUAGCAGAAAAUGCACCAGGACUAACCCUGGGUGAUUUGAGGAAGGGCGCCGUUAGGUUCUAUCCUUCAUAUUUUCCUGUGUUUCAUACGUUCUGUGCUGAAUCAGUUAUUCAGUUAAUAAUAAAAUACACUACAGGCAUAAA